AUGACAAUAGACAGAAGAAUUGUGGAUGAUGACGAGAUUGAAGAUGAAAACCUUACUACAGGUGCAGACAAGGUGUUUCAAAACUAUUUGAUGCCCGGGUUAGAGCUGUACGAUGCAAAAGUUACUAUAAAUCAUUGGCAACUGCGGGAUUGCAUCAAACCAGCAUCAAGAAACCAUAGCAAGCUGUAUUAUAUUUAUGAUCACUCCAUUAGAAUGCUUGAUACUUCAUCUUCGAAUGAGUUACAAACAAAAUCAAAAACUCAAGAUCCAAAUGUGAUACAUUCCACCAAGAAACCAAAGUAUCCGGUCACUACCAAUUGGAAAAGAAAACACAGACCGCUAAGAAAGAGCUCUAACUUCCCCUCUCAACAACUUGUAGAAUUUAAUUUUAAACCUAGAUCAUUCACUGAAUCGAAUGGAUUGACAGUAUGUGGCGGAUUAAUUGGUUCUGAUGAUAAGGGUUUUCCAACAAAUUGGAAUCGUUCACAUGACCAUGAUAGUGAUGAUUCAGCACCUGCCACAUUAGUCAAGAUAUCAAACGAUACUGUUCUUAAUGAUGAUAUUAAUUAUAGUAACUCUCAGAUUUGGAAGGGAAUUAUAUCCAUCUAUAAUGAAGAUACCAACGAAUCCAAGAGUCUCAUUAUGGGACAAUUCAUUAACAAUUGUGUUACAUUACAUCAGAAAUCUACUCAACAAUAUGAUCUCUUAACAUGUAACAACGAUGGACAUAUGUACCAAUGUGAUAUUAGUAAUCGAGAUGUGGAACUAGUAAGGAGAUAUUCCGAUUUGAACUUCCCAUUAAAUAAUGCUGCAUUAUCUCAUGACGGGAAAACCUUAAUAGUAUCUGGUGAUUCAAAUAGGGUUGCCAUAUACAAGCAAGAUCAAUUAAUUAACCGGUUCACACUUAACUAUUCACAUAAUUCCAAUUGGGGAACCUCAACAAACCCGUCUGUUGUUCAACUACCCAGCUAUUCCGUUCAUGAUAAUACUUCAAUGGUUGACAGUAAUAUUAUUGAAGCAGGGAAAGGUGAUCAUGGGUUUUAUAACUGUUUCUCAGAAAAUGAUAUGCUAUUUUCUACAUUAUUCCAAAAUGGUGUAUGCUUAAUAUACGAUGUGAGAAAUACAAGUACACCCCUGGCAGAAAUCUCCUCAACAAGACCAAAUUCACAUAACGGUGCAUUUAGAGUCUGUAGAUUCAGCUAUGGGUUAGACGACUUACUUUUCAUUUCGGAACAUCAAGGAAGAGUUCACGUGGUGGAUACAAGGAAUUUCAUCAAUCAUCAAGUCAUUUUAAUACCUGAUAAAUUGAAUACCGAACAGGAAUCCACUAUAACACCUGAUAUUCCACAAGUAGAUGUCUUACCAGGAAACACAACUAUGCAUUUUAGUUCCACACAUGAUCGUUAUCCAUUAAACUCUCAAUCAGAAGAAUAUGCUUCACGUAUACUGAACAAUGACUCUACUAGAUAUAACCGAGUUGGGUUAGAAUAUGGGAGAGGUCCAUAUUUGAGUCGUAGAGAUCAUACUACACCUCGAGAAAUGUCCACUUCCACUCCAAAGGAAAAUGAAGAACCGUGGAUUACUCCAGCAAGAUCAAUUCCCUUGGAAUUCUUAGAACCACAAAUAUUACCUUAUCCUGAAGUCAUUGAUAAAUAUUCCAACCAUGAAUUAUCAGAAUUACAAUAUUACGAAUAUUUCCAUCCAUAUGAAGGCGUGGAACACACGGCAAUUCGGAGAGCAUCAACAAGUGUCAUGAAUAGAAAUAAUACUUAUAAUGGUGAUGAAAGUGAUACCGAAGUACCUAUUCCAUUAAGAGCUCGUAGGCGCUCAUCAUUUAGGAUAAGAAGGGUUUCUACAUCAUCUAAUAGAUCAGAUGAAAUCGAUAGAAUUGAUCCUUUAAUACUAGAUCGUCAUGCUACAACAAGUCAAAAUAAUAUGAAUUAUAGGCGCCAUAGCAAUCCAAGUGUAGAUGCAGGAUGGGGGUAUGAACCUACCCCAGUGAGUGAUUCAUCAUCCGCGUUAUUGACAAUUAAUGGGAACAACGUUUUUGAAGAUGAUGAAAUUUAUGACAUUUAUAAUGACAUUAAUACGGGACAAGAUUCAUCUCCUGCAAGAACAAUAAGAAAUAACGUAAUAUUGAAUUAUUCCAACUCAACAUUCAUAGAAGAGAAUAACAUUUCAGGAAUCGAUUGGGUAGAAGAUGAAAAUGGAAGCGCUUUAGUUAUUGGGACGGAUUACGGUAUUAUGAAAUGGAAUAUUAAUUCUUGGGCUAGAAGAAGUUUUUCUAGCUAUGAUUUUUGCUAA